GCCCGGGGCCGGGGGGAGAGCUCCAUGGGGCGGGAGCAGCGCGGCUCCGGCCGGCCCUAAGGCUGCCCGCCGCCGGCCGCGGCAGCAUGCCGGCAGCGCUGCUCUUGCUGUGGUUGGGUUGCGUGUGCGGGCUCUGCCGCGGGUACUUCGAGGGCCCGCUGUACCCCGAGAUGUCUAACGGGACCCUGCACCACUAUUUCGUCCCCGACGGGGACUACGAGGAGAACGACGACCCCGAGCGGUGCCAGCUGCUCUUCAGGGUGAGCGAGCAGCGGCGGUGCGGGGCGGCGGCGGGCGGAGGAGGAGGAGGAGGAGGAGGAGGCGGCGGCGGCGGGCUCAGCCUGCGGGAGGAGCUGACGGUGCUGGGCCGGCAGGUGGAGGACGCGGGCCGGGUGCUGGAGGGCAUCGGCAAGAGCAUCUCCUACGACCUGGACGGGGAGGAGAGCUACAGCACCUACCUGCGCCGCGAGUCCGCCCAGAUCAGCGACGCCUACUCCAGCUCGGACCGGUCGCUGAGCGAGCUGGAGGGCAAAUUCCGGCAGGGGCAGGAGCAGGGGGGCCGGGAGGAGGCCCGCCUGGGCGACAGCUUCUUGGGGCUGCUGCUGCACGCCCGCGCCCUGCUGCGGGAGACCCGCCACAUCUCCAGCGGGCUGCGGGACAAGCACGACCUCCUCGCCCUCACCGUCCGCAGCCACGGCGCCCGCCUCAGCCGCCUCAAGAACGACUAUCUCCGCGCCUGAGACGGGACCCCGGCCCGCCCCCCGCCCCGGGAGGCGCCGGAGGGCGCAGCCCCGGGCUCCGUCUGGAAGGAGCGCCCUCCUCGAGCGAAGGCGUCGUCCUUCGCCCCGGCAAAACUUAUUUAUUCGAGCCGACUUCCUAAACGAAUAGCGCGGUUCCGUCAGCCGGGAGGUCAGAGGUACGGCGAAGUUAAUAGCCCGUAUUUAAAAAAAUCACCCCACCCCACCCCGCUACAUCGCUCGUCUUCGCUUAGGAAGCGAGGUGCGCUUUCUCGUACUCCGGUUCCCUGCCGUCGGUUUACGUAUCGCCCGCUCUGCUGCGGCUCACCCGCCGCCAACGUGGGAGCAAGCGUGGUGCUCGCUAGCCGCGUCCGGACCCGCGUGUAGCAGAGGCUGAAAUUGCUCGUGGUGCCGCUCCCCUUCGCGGCGAGACCUCGGGCCCUCUAUUACCUUUCCUAACCUUUUGUAACGGCAUGUAUUCUACGCGCGUUAAACGUUGUUCUACUACGUGACUUAAAGCUGUGAUUCCCACUCGCGUUUUGAAAGACGGGCACUAUUCUGGCAGGAUUUGUACUCUUCCAGGCUUGCUUAUCUGUGACUCUGAGCUAUCGUAACCCCAAGAGCCAGCCAAAAAGGCUGAUGUCAGAUCCUGAGAAUGCUGAUGCAGACUUUUAUAGUAAGAAGAAGGAGUCCUAGCGGUGAUUGUAGUUUCAGAUCCCGAAUUGGUUUCUUGGAGCGUUUCUCUAAAGCAGACAAAAAGGGUUUGUCUGUGCCAGCACAGUGACACAUUUCUUGUUGGUGCCUUUGUACUUUUGCUAGCUAAGCUAUUAAUAAAAUUAUUUGUGCUCCCAGACAAUAGCAAAAGUGCCUAGUGGGAAGGAGGGGGAGGAUUGUUUGGGUUUUCAGACUCACUGCUAUUUAACUGUCAAGUUGGGGUAACGUGGCUACUGGGUUACAGAUACUGCAGGCAGAAUCACUGUUUGGAUGAAAAAAGUUCAUAUGUUGUUCUAAUAAAUAUUUGAAAACAAUGUUAAAGCACUUUUUUUUCCUUUUGUUGUUCUGCUUGGGACGCUCUUGAUUUGAAACAUGCUGUUGUAAUAUGUCUUUUCAGCAAAAAGUUGUGAGUAUGUAGAUCCUGCCAAACGAAAUAACUUGCUUUUUAGUAAAAACAAAUAAAAAUGUACAGACUCAA